AUGGAGGGAGGGAGAGGAGGGAUGGGAUCAGGAGGGAGGGGGAUCAGGAGGGAGGGGAGAAGGGAGGGGAUCAGGAGGGAGGGGAGAAGGGAGAGGAUCAGGAGGGAGGGGGAGGAAUGGGAUCAGGAUGGAGGGAGGGAGAGGAGGGAUGGGAUCAGGAGGGAGGGGAAGGAGGGAUGGGAUAUGGAGGGAGGGAGAGGAGGGAUGGGAUACGAGAGGGAGGGAGAGGAGGGAGGAGGGAUGGGAUCAGGAGGGAGGGGAAGGAGGGAUGGGAUAUGGAGGGAGGAAGAGGAGGGAUGGGAUCAGGAAGGAGGGGGAAGGGAUGGGAUCAGGAGGGAGGGGGAGGAGGGAUGGGAUCAGGAGGUAGGGGAGAAGGGAGGGGAUCAGGAGGGAGGAGGAGGGGGAUAG